GCUCACUUUUAGCCGGGCGGGAGGGCCGGGGAGCCGGGCCGCCGAGAGCCGCGCCGAGAACCGCGCCGACCCGCGCCGAGCAGGGACGCCCGCCUGCGUCGCCCGGCCGCUAUGGAUCUAUUCGACUUUUUCAGGGACUGGGACUUGGAGCAGCAGUGUCACUAUGAACCAGACCGUAGUGCACUUAAAAAAAGGGAAUGGGAGCGGAGGAAUCAAGAAGUCCAGCAAGAAGAUGAUCUCUUUUCUUCAGGCUUUGACCUUUUUGGGGAGCCCUACAAGGUAGCUGAAUAUACAAACAGAGGUGAUGCACUUGCCAACCGCGUCCAGAACACACUGGGAAACUAUGAUGAAAUGAAGGAUUUGCUAACUAACCAUUCUAAUCAGAAUCAUCUAGUGGGAAUCCCAAAGAAUUCUGUGCCGCAGCCUCCCAUCAACAAAAACGAACCAAGCUUUUUUCCAGAACAAAAGAACCGAAUGAUCCCACCUCACCAGGAUAACACUCACCCCUCGGCACCCAUGCCUCCACCUUCUGUCGUGAUACUGAAUUCAACUCUAAUACAUAGCAACAGGAAAUCAAAACCUGACUGGCCACGAGAUGGUCACAAUGCUAGCAUCGUCCCGGCCAGCCAGGCCGGCAGUCAGUCUAACAAGAUGCAGCCGUCUACACAGGAGCAGCCCCAAGCCAGACUAGAAGACUUCUUUGUCUACCCAGCUGAACAGCCUCAAGUUGGAGCAGCUGAAGAGUCAAAGCCCUCUGCCAAGGAAGAUAGUAAUCUCAAGUCCAGUGGAGGGGACACCUUCAAAGAAAUCUUUCAAUCCAUCUCACCACAAGAGUCUGAAUUUACAGUGCAAGCGCCUGGGUCUCCCCUGGUUGCUUCCUCUUUAUUAGCCCCAAGCAGCGGCCUUUCAGUUCAAAACUUCCCACCGGGGCUUUACUGCAAAACAAGCAUGGGGCAGCAAAAACCAACGGCCUACGUCAGACCCAUGGACGGCCAGGACCAGGUGCCGGACAUCUCGCCUACCCUGAAACCGUCCAUUGAAUUCGAGAACAGCUUUGGGAACCUGUCCUUUGGGUCACUCUUGGAUGGAAAGCCCAGCGCUGCCAGUUCGAAGACUAAACUGCCAAAGUUCACGAUUCUCCAAACAAGUGAAGUAAGCCUUCCCAGUGAUCCAAGCUGCGUUGAAGAAAUCUUACGGGAGAUGACCCAUUCCUGGCCUACUCCUCUCACUGCCAUGCACACUCCUGGAAACCCUGAGCACAGCACAUGCUCCAUCCCAGGACAGGAAUCCCAACACCUGACCCCAGGAUUCACCUUACAAAAGUGGAGUGACCCGACCAGCAGAGCUUCUACGAAGAUGCUUGAGGACGACCUGAAGCUGAGCAGUGACGAAGAUGACCUGGAGUCCGUGAAGACCUUGACCACUCAGUGCACUGCCACGGAGCUCUACCAGGCUGUUGAAAAGGCAAAACCUAAGAAUAAUCCUGUGAACGCCCUCGUGGCCACUCCCCGGGCCCCACCGGUAUUGCAGGCCAGCGGGGGCUCGGGCAGCUCCAGCGACUCCGAGAGCAGCUCCGAGUCAGACUCCGACACCGAAAGCAGCAGCACGGACAGCGAGUCCAACGAGGCGCCUCGGGUGGCCACUCCGGAGCCUGAGCCACCCUCAACCAACAAGUGGCAGUUGGAUAAAUGGCUUAACAAAGUGACAUCGCAGAACAAGUCACUGAUUUGUGGCCAAAAUGAAAUAGCCAUGGAGACGAUUUCUGUGCCUCCCCCAGUCAUCCAACCAAUGGACGUCCAGGUCAAAGUGAAGACAAACCCCAGCCAGGUUCUGGCUGAGCCCCAAGACAGGCCUCUCCUCGGUCUCAUCAGGGAGAAGGCCCGUCCACGGCCCACCCAGAAAACUCCAGAAACAAAGGCUUUGAAGCAUAAGUUGUCAGCAACUACUGAGACAGCCUCUCAAAGGACAAUUGGGAAAAAACAGCCCAAAAAGGUUGAGAAGAACACCAGCAUUGAUGAGGGUACCUGGGCCAAACCAAAUAUUACCAGCAGCACCCCCAAAGAAAAGGAAAGCGUGGAGCUUCCUGAGCCACCCAGAGGCCGCAGCAAAGCCACUGCGCACAAACCCGUCCCUAGGAAAGAACCAAGACCGAGUGUCCCCUCGGCUGCCGAGAAGAAGAAGUACAGAGGGCCUGGCAAGAUGGUGCCGAAGUCCCGGGAAUUCAUUGAAACGGAUUCGUCUACAUCUGAUUCCAACACAGAUCAGGAGGAGACCCUGCAGAUCAAAGUUCUGCCUCCUGGCGUAGCUCCUGGGGGCAAUCCAGCCAAAUCCAAGGAGACCUGUGGUGCCAGCCUGACCCUCAGCACCUUAAUAGGUAGCAGUGCCAGCAACACCUUGUCCAUCAACAAUGAGGAGCCAGCCUUUUCUCCCAUCCCUGUUGUGCAAACUGAACUUUUGUCCCCUCUACGAGAUCACGAGAAUGUGAAAAAUCUGUGGGUGAAGAUUGACCUUGACUUACUGUCUAGAGUACCUGGCCACAACUCACCACAAGCAGCAGCAGCCAAGCCCGACCACAAGGAGGUCACCUGCAAGCCCAGGCGUCCGACCGCUGCUGCAGCUGCAGAGAAACCUGCCCCUAAGGGCAAGCGUAAGCCCAAGCCAACAGAAUUUGCAGAGAAAAUCCCUGAGAAGAAGCAACGCCUCGAGGAGGCCACCACUAUCUGCCUGCUUCCCCCUUGCAUCUCACCAGCUCCCCCCCACAAGCCCCCCAACACUAAAGAAGGUAAUUCAUCCAGGAGAGCAAAUAGAAGAAAAGAAGAAAAGCUGUUCCCUCCUCCACUUUCCCCUCUGCCAGAGGAUCCUCCCCGCCGCAGAAAUGUCAGUGGCAGCAAUGGUCCCUUCAGUCAAGACAAAAACAUCCCUGUGAUGGGACAGAUCACCUCUACCAAAUCUAAGAGGAGUGAAGGCAAAUUCUGUGCUACUUUCAAAGGGAUAUCCGUACAUGAGGGAGACACUCCAAAAAAGGCAGUCUCUGCCACCGUCACUAUCAGUAACACUGGUAUUGCCACUGCCACUGUCACUGCUACCGCCAUUGUCACCGCCACUGUCACAGCCACUGCCACUGCCACAGCCACUACCACAACCACUACCACUACCAUUUCCACCAUCACCUCCACCAUCACUACUGGCCUCAUGGACAGCAGUCACCUGGAGAUGACGUCCUGGGCAGCCCUGCCCCUUCUGUCCAGCAGCACCACCAAUGUCCGGAGACCCAAGCUCACUUUUGAUGACUCGGUUCACAAUGCUGAUUAUUACAUGCAAGAAGCUAAGAAGCUGAAGCACAGAGCUGAUGCGCUGUUUGAGAAAUUUGGCAAAGCCGUGAAUUAUGCAGACGCAGCCCUGUCCUUCACCGAAUGUGGCACCGCGAUGGAGCGCGACCCUCUGGAAGCAAAGUCCCCGUAUACCAUGUACUCCGAGACGGUGGAGCUCCUCAGGUAUGCAAUGAGGCUGAAGAACUUUGCAAGCCCCUUGGCUUCAGAUGGGGACAAAAAGCUGGCAGUAUUAUGCUACCGAUGUCUAUCACUUCUCUACUUGCGGAUGUUUAAACUGAAGAAGGACCAUGCCAUGAAGUACUCCAGAUCACUGAUGGAAUAUUUUAAGCAAAAUGCUUCAAAAGUCGCCCAGAUACCAUCUCCGUGGGUAGGCAAUAGCAAGAACACUCCAUCCCCAGUGUCUCUCAGCAACGUCUCGCCCAUCAAUGCGAUGGGCAACUGUAACAACGGCCCAGUCACCAUCCCCCAGCGCAUUCACCACAUGGCCGCCAGCCAUGUCAACAUCACUAGCAACGUGUUACGGGGCUAUGAACACUGGGACAUGGCCGACAAACUGACAAGAGAGAACAAAGAAUUCUUUGGUGAUCUGGACACACUGAUGGGGCCUCUGACCCAGCACAGCAGCAUGACCAAUCUUGUCCGCUAUGUUCGCCAGGGACUGUGUUGGCUGCGCAUCGACGCCCAUCUGUUGUAGUGGGUGCUCCUCCGUCUCCAGCAUCACCACCCAUCACUCUACCUCUACCAGAGCACCAACGGUCACUGGUGGAACGUCACUCAUUUGGGAAAGUUCUCUUUGAUUAUGUUUGUUUUUAUGCUUCUUUUGAUAUCUGUGAAAAACGGAAGUCACUGUAAGUGGACACUGCAACUUGAGAGCAGUGUAUGUUUUAUCACUUGGUCAUUUUUUGGUAUUUUACAUGCAUUUCUCAGUUCCCACCAUCCUUUUGUGCUUGAUGGAAUGACACAGUCCCUACAGUAUUGUAAGUCCACACAACCCAAAACAAAGAAUGGAAAGCACUUGUGAUGAUAACAGGUUCCUGAGAAAUGAAAUGAGAUGUCCUACACACACACACACACACACACACACACACACACACACACUUAUGAACUUAGACACAAAGGACCUGCAAAGAUUCAAAUUUUCAGCAAUAGCCAUUCCCCAAACUGUACUCUUAUGCCCAGAAAAGAGCAUAUUUCUGAAUCCAUUAUUAAAUUUUUGUGGUUCCCCAGGCUCAAUCUUAAGGUGAGAGUUUUUAUUGUCAAAACCCACCGGUUAGAUCUUAUAGCAGCAUCAUAAAACCAAGAGUAUUAAGAAGUAACAGCUCAUAGCAAUGCUGCUCUUAAAAUGAUUCUGUGGCAUACAACCAAGAGGACUUACUUGCUAGCAUCUCUUUCCUGAUUCCCUCUUUUUAAAACAUUAAUGAUGAGAAGGAAUGGCAACCUUUAUUUCGACAACUUUAAAGCAUCAGCUGGCAUAAAUAUUUUUGAACUCCAUGAUUUGAAGCCUAAAUCCUUACCUGGGAUUCUCUUUGUGUAAAGCUCUCCUUUUGAGGGGAAGUAUAGUGGGUGCAUACCCUAGUAGCCAAAAGGCUAUGCCUAGUUUUAGAGAUGAGAGGCAGGAGAGGUCUGGAAAAUGUCUAAGGAAUUCACACGUCUGCCUGUUCUGCAAUUGGUAGGCAGGUUCAUAAGUGGCAGGAUUUUCAUUAAGUGUAUGUUGUUCAAAUCUCUGGGAACAAAAGUCAAGUUGUCACCACCCAGAAAUAAUAAUAUACAGUUUGCUUUCUAGUGGCUUUAAAAUAUGGACUUCUCCAAUUAUUAUCCAUAUUUUCUAUUUUAUAGGGUUUCUUUUCUUUUUGUUCUUUUUAUCUUUCUCUUCCCUUUUUUUUGGUGGGGAGGAGAGUUCAUUAGCUUUUGACUGAAAUACGAUCACUGAUUUUAUUUGAGUCUGUAUUAGUAUGGAUCAUUUCCACAAACAUUCCAAAGAAAACUCCAAAUUCUAAGGAGUAGCUAGUCUUUGAACAAACAAUGAGGUGGUGCUUCACCCUAGGGUGCUUUGAAAGAACCGUGAGAAUUAGGAACAGUUCACCAUAUUUGGAGAUAUUUCUGCAUCAGUGGUGACUAUCCCCACCCCUUAUGAUCCUCUACAUUCAUUUUGUGUCCCUAAACAUAACAGUGUAAAUAUCAUCUGGGGCUCCAACUAACCAGAAAAAUCCCCACAUGUAGUAAACACUAUCCAUACAUUAGUUCCUUGUAAUUACCUGUCGGUAUAUAAGUCCAUGUAGCCUUUAAUCUGCUGAGUUAUUAAUUCUGUUCACUGAGUUAUGACCAGAUAAAUAAUAAGUAUAUGCACAUGAAAGAUGCCAACUUGUAUGAUUUUUAAAGCAAGUCAUGCAGGUCCAUGAUAGGAACAGCAAGGGAUCGCUCUUGUACUCUCAUUUUCAAGGUUAGCUACAUUCCCAGUUCCAAAGGAGCCAGACUUGAGCUCCGCUCUGGUCAUCUUUGAGUUUACGGCCCUUUGUUUUUUGAUAAGGCUGUGGGAGUUGUAGUCCAAUGGCCAAGGCCAUGUUGUUAAGACGAGUGCUGGGAGCAUCCUGGCAGCUGAACCCAGCAUGUUUUAUGCUCCCAGUGUGGUUGAGCUUUAUGAUCAGCCUCAACAACAACACUCAGACAGGCAGACAACCACACAGACAAAUGAAACCUAAGAGAAUCUUUCCCGAGCCUCUUAAGAGAGGAAAAUGAGAAUGUGAAAGACACUGAGCACCACAGCUGGGUGUCACACAAAAAAGCUGAUGGCUUUGCAGUGACUCAAGUUCUCUGUUUUACAUGGCUUACCAGGUAGAGUGCCUAUUACUACAUAAUGAAGCCCACUGGCUUGACCUUGUAAGUUCAACCUAGACCACAAUCCUAGACCAUCAUGGAUUUAGGAGUAGAUUCUUCUUGAAAUUCCAUCUCCAGAAACUAGACAUUAGAAUGCUAGGGGCAGUUUCCAGGGGAAACAAGCAUAUUGCCUCUUGGAUGAAAGAGUUGGAGCUCUAGUUUCAGGGAGUCAUUAUAUCUACUUUCCAUGUGACAGGGAGGCAGCAGAGAAUCCUGCUGUCUGAUGUCACCUCUGGUGGCUGAGUGCCAAGUGUGUGCCAAAUCAGUAGCAUGAUGAUCAAAUUGGACAGUAGAGCUGAGGAUCACCACCUGAUUAUUCAGUAGACCCAUUUGUAAAGCAGGUUUGAAACAAACGUGGAGGAUGAAAUGCCUUCCUAUCCCUGGAGCUGAGACUUCUUUCGGUUUCAUGAUUAGGGAUUGCUGGUGUUUUCUAGGCACUGUAUUCAUCAUGUUGUAAAUGGUGCUGUGUAUUAUCAGUGUGCAGCUAUGUGAGGGAUUGAGAUCUUUUGUCAAGUAAAUCUCUUCAAUGUACCAGUUUGGGGGAGGGAUAGAAGACAUGUGGAUGGCAGUGAGAGAUCCUGCCAAGAGACCUGGACGGAGGCUUGGUGAGAUGUGUGUCAAUAAGCACAUGGAGGUAGAGUGAUGGGCAGAGUAACGGGCAGGUCCACCUAAGCAACUAAGUACAUAAAAGGUUAUCAGCCCUGCAGUGGGACCGAGGCAGGGCCACCGCUAGGCCUUUAUUUGUCACUCAAGCUUCAACCACAGAGAGUUUGACAAGUUUGUGUUAGGAUGUUGGCUUCGCUUUGUAUUUUUAAUUAACUGCAUUUUUUAGUGGUUUUGUCAUGUUACUGUCUGAGUUUGGUAGGUAGGAUUAAUUUGAUGAGUAUAGUAGUGUGGUCCUCGGGGUAGAAUUUAGGUGUCAGCAUGUUGUUAGCCAGCCUAUAGACUGUUAAUUACUUAAUAAUCUCACUGGGAAAAUACUAGUAGUUUUACAUUUGGAUGACAUCAUUGGAAAAGCAGAUUAGCUGCUGGUAACUUUUGAAUGACUUGAGGUUGACAUGAAAAGAGUCAAAUCUUUAGUCAAUAACCAAGUUGCUAAAUUAGAAACCAUUCGCUAAAAUGUGUUUUGUUGAGUUUCCAAAUGGAUGGAUUUGCAUUUGGACAUUACAUUGCUUAGUGCAUUGGACUGGAUUGGGAAGGUACCUGUCCUAUUGUGUCUUUCACAACACGAUGUAAUUUGGAGUUUGUUUCACUCAGAUUUGCAUCCUGGAGGUUGAAGUCGGAGUACACUUGGAAAGGCUUUUUGAAGGCAGAAUGGAUUUAGCUGUGAGGGGGAAGCCCUCACGUUCUUCUCGACAUGAUAAAAUUCACCUGCGUGAGUUGGCAGGUGGGAGACCCAAACUGGAUCACUGGGUAGGACUACUCAGUAAGGCUGUGAAGUGCUUGCUUAGAGAAGCAUCACUAUCCCCAUUGAGGCCAUAUGUGGCGAGACGAUAUAGCUGCAUGGUGUCAAACAAAUGGGUCGAUUCAGUGCCCCCAAAGUCACUUCUGUGGGGAAAAAAUAUUGAGCCAGUUGUCACUGCUGUGUUCCGCGACUGGCAGACUUUGUCGUCGUCGUCGUCAUCGUUCUUGUUGUUCUUGUUGUUGCUCAUUUCCACGCGCACAGCCUUAUAAGGAAAUUGAUUCAUUUCUCUUUGGUGUUAGCAAACUCCGACAGAAACGGCAUCUGUGUAUUGAUAAUCAGCAUUUACCCUGGCAGGAGGCUAAUCGGAUAGGCUGGUCUCAGACAUCAAUCCUACCAUCUGAUAUUUUGAGGGAAAGAAAACAUUCUAAUUCCCUUUCCGUUCUCCUCCUCACAAAUCUAGAGGCCCUCUUCACCAAGAGCAUCACAUUUUCCUCUGUAAUCCAUCAACUCAAAGAAAACUGCCUUGUGGGGAGGGCAGAGGGGGGGUGGGGGUGGGGGGUGGAGGGGAGGGAAGCCCUUCCAGGCCAGGCUGCAGCUCUUGCCCCUUUCUGCUGCUGACAUGAGAUGUUAAUGAAUCAUUCAUCAGGCUCACGUUGGGUUAGGGGGACACUGAACUGCUUUUCCGAUUCAUGAUCAAUCAUCGUUCUUCAAAGAGAUUGGAGCUUUGCUGUUUCAUUAACUGUGCAGUGUAGACUAAUGGUGUUUAAUAAAAAUCAUUCAAAAUUUCAAA